UGUAGCCCUGAGUGAUCUCACCUGCGUGCGCCGAGAUGGGGGAGGGGCCGUACAACCUUGGGGCGAGAGGAGGGUGGGCUCCUGAGGGUAUCUGGGGAAGCCCAACUGACCCCCCCAAGCCGUGACCCCCGAUUUUUGCGUGGGCUUCUCCCGGCGUCCAGUGUACACUUGAGAAAAGGGGAAGGAUCCUGGAGCUUGGGCCCCCGUGUGCCUCAGUUUCCUCCUUUGUAAAAAAGGGUGAGAGCAGCCCCUCCCCCUCCCUAUGAGAUCCCUUCUGUGAAGCACCUACAGCUCCGAGUGUAAGUCUCCUCCCGGCCUCCAUUAGGCUGGAGGACAGCGGGGCGAGGGCAGGGGUCACUCAGGGUCUGGCUGUCCAGCUCCGCCUCCAGAACUCUUCUGUCCCCACGGUCCUGGGCCGUUGGUCAGCACUUCUGGGGCCUUUGGGGAGCGUUCCUCCCUGCAGACUUGGGAAGUGGGGGCCUGACAACACAUGGGGAAACCGAGGCAGUCAGGGAUGAAGGGCUUGGCCGGCGUCACCCUAGCCUUCCGAGGCUUCCGGUGAAGGGUGUGUAGUCUUGAAUCUCACCUGGCUCGUGCCUCUAGGCUGUUCCCCUCCAAAAAAGUGUGCAGGAGACCUUAGUGGCCAGGAUGGGGGCCCUAGAAGGAUCUGCCUACCCCCACAGGUGAGAUCUCGCAGCCUCUCCCCACUGUCCCUCAGGCUCUCUCUCUCUCUCUCUCUCUCUCUCUCUCUCUCUCUCUCUCUCUCUCUCUCGUUGUGGGCAGGUCCGCAUCCAGCCUGGGAAGGGAAGGCUCAGACCCCGGCCUCCCUCUCUGAGGUCCCUCUCCCUCCCCAGACCAGCUGGAACAGGACCCAAGCCCGGAACCAGAGACAUGGCUCCCGAGCCCCUCGUCCCAGAAGUUGGUGACCUUCAAGGAUGUGAUGGUGAACUUCACUGAGGAGGAGUGGGGGCUCUUGGACCCUUCUCAGAAGGAGCUGUAUAAGGAGGUCAUGAUGGAGAAUGUCCAGAAUCUGCUUUUCCUGGAUGUGGAGCCCAAAUUUGAAAGGAAUGAGAUGACUAGGAAGCUGGGACUUUUGAUGGAAGAAUGUGACUUGCAAAUAUUCAUGAAGGAUGGUCUCUGUGCCUUGACUUUGAGGGAAAUCCAUGACUCUGACAUCCCAGUACAUAACUCAGACUGACUGUGAAUUGGAUGAAAUUAGAAAGAGAUUCAGACAAUCUUCUUUCCUAAAUCAUUAUAAGAAAAUAAAUUCAGGGAAUAACUUUCUUCUGGAUAGUGAAUAUCAAAAAUGUUUUCCUGAACAGGUAGAGCUUUUUCAUUUCCAGGAGAAGCCUGCUGAAAUACUAAGGAAUCCACAUAAUCAAAGGGAAAUGGCUUUUAGCAAGAGUUCAGAUUUCAUUACGUAUCAGAAAAAUGAUACUGCAGAAAUGUUCUGUGUGGGUAGUCAAGUUGGGCAGGCCUUCAGUCAAAAGUUGAAACUCAUUAUUCAGCAGCAAAUUCACAUAAGAAAACAACCUGAUGAGUAUAAUGAAUGUGAAGCAAUCUCAUCCCAUCAUUCAUCUCUUCCUUACCAGUCUAAAGUUGACCCUAGAAUGAAAAAACCUUCAUUUGGUGAGUAUGGGAAGGCCUGUGGUUGGAACUCAGACCUUGAUAGAUCUCAGAAGAUUCAUACUGGAGAGUUGUAUAAAUGUAAUGAAUGUGGGAAGAUCUUCACACAGCCAUUCAUUCUAGCUAUACAUAAGGGAAUCCAUACUGGAGAGAAACUUUUUGAAUGUAAUCAGUGUGGAAAAGCUUUCAAAUCCAGUUCCAGUCUUAUUCAACAUCAGAGAAUUCACACUGGAGAAAAACCUUAUAAAUGUAAUCAAUGUGGAAAGACUUUUCGACUCAAUUCUAUUCUUGCUUAUCAUCAGAGAAUCCACACUGGAGAGAAAUCUUAUAAAUGUACUCAAUGUGGAAAAGCUUUCAUAAACAGUUUCAUUCUUGCUAAACAUCAGAGCAUUCACCCUGGCAAGAAACCUUUUGAAUGUUAUCAAUGUGGAAAAGCUUUCACAAAGAAGUACCUUCUUGGUUAUCAUCAGAGAAUCCACACCGGAGAGAAACCUUUUGAAUGUAAUCAAUGUGGGAAGGCUUUCAGGUUCAAUCACAGGCUUGCAGAACAUCACAGAAUCCACACUGGAGAAAAACCUUUUGAAUGUAAUCAAUGUGGAAAAGCUUUCACACGAAAGGGAGAUCUUAAUAAACAUCAGAGUAUCCACACUGGAGAAAAACCUUAUAUAUGUGUUCAAUGUGGAAAGGCUUUUCGACUCAGUUCCAUUCUUGCUCAUCAUCAGAGAAUCCAUACUGGAAAGAAACCUUUUGAAUGUAAUCAAUGUGGAAAAAGUUAUAUGAAGAGGUGCCUUCUUAUUGAACAUCAGAGAAUCCACACUGGAGAGAAACCUUUUAUAUGUAAUCAAUGUGGAAAAGCUUUUGUAAACAAUUUCAUUCUUGCUAAACAUCAGAGCAUCCACCCUGGCAAGAAACCUUUUGAAUGUAAUCAAUGUGGAAAAGCUUUUAUGAAGAGGUACCAUCUUGUUGAACAUCAGAAAAGCCACACUGCAGAGAAACUUUUUGAAUGUAAUCGGUGUGGAAAGGCUUUCAGAUUCAAUCAUAGGCUUACAGAACAUCAGAGAAUCCACACUGGAGAGAAAUCUUUUGAAUGUAAUCAGUGUGGAAAAGCUUUUACACGUAAGGCUUAUCUUAUUGAACAUCAGAGAAUCCAUAGUGGAGAAAAGCCUUAUAAAUGUAAUCAAUGUGGAAAGGCUUUUACACGUAAGGCUUAUCUUACUGAACAUCAGGGAAUCCACACUGGUGAAAAACCCUAUAAAUGUAAUCAGUGUGAAAAGGCUUUUACAUACAGUCGCAAGCUUGCUGAACACCAGAGAAUCCACACUGGAGAAAAACCUUUUAAAUGUAAUCACUGUGGAAAAGCUUUUACACGAAAAGAUUGUCUUAAUGAACAUCAGAGAAUCCACACUGGAGAGAAACCUUUUGAAUGUAAUCAGUGUGGAAAAACUUUUACACGCAAGGCACAUCUUACUGAACACCAGAGAACCCACACUGGAAAGAAACCUUUUGAAUGUAUUCAGUGUGGAAAAGCUUUUACACAGAAGGGAAAUCUUGUUGAACAUCAGAGAAUUCACACUAGGGAGAAACGUUUUGAAUGUAAUCAGUGAGGAAAGGAUUUCACGUAAAGGUUCUUUCCAGCUGCACAUCAGAAAAUCUACACUGGAGAGAAACUUUGUAAAUCAAAUCAAUGUGGAAAGGCAUUCAGUUACAAAUCCAGGAUUGGUAAACAUCAGAGAAUCCACACUUAUGAGAAAAAUUGUGACUAUAAUCAAUGUGAAAUGAAUUUCACAAAGAGUUCUCAUUUGGCUGUAUAUGAGACAAUCCACCCUGCAAAGAACCUUUUGAUUCUAAUCAAUGUAGAAGGACUUUCAGAGGAGCUGUAGUCUUGUUAAACAUCAGAGAAUCCACACAGAAGGGAAACAUUUUGAAAGCAAUCAGUGUAGAACGAUUUCACUCAGCUCCAAUCCUGCUAAAUAUUAGACAAUCCACACUGGAGCCAAACCUUAUAAGUGCAGUUUGUGUAUAGUUUGCAGGAAUCCAUGUCAUUCUGACCUGGCACUAAGCCUUCAUUAGAGAAUGCCUACGGGAAUUUCCAGGAACAUCUAUGCUUGAAAUGAAUAGGAACAGAUUUGCAGGAGUGAUAAAGCUUUCAGGGUGUAUAGGAGGAGAGACAGUUGGUCUGACAAUGUUAAAAUUUCUCCUUGUACCCAAAUUUCACAUAGUCCUUUCAUACCCUGAAUAAUUUAUCUACUUUUUGUUUUCCUUUCUGUUUUCUUGGCAGCCUUGUGACUAGAGAGCUUAAAAGAGCAUGUUUAGGGACAAUAAAGUAUCUUGACUGCUGGCUUUGAUGUCUUUUUCUUUUCUUGCUUUUGUGGUCUCUGUGAGAAUCAAUACGAGGUGGCCUGUCAUUGGCAUUCCACAAACAGGCACCCUAAUGUAGGGAAAGGGCAACUUCAAGCGACCACUUUCAGGGAUUUCUAAGAAUCCAGGUCACCAUGGAAACCAA